UAAGCAAGCCGCGUGCCGACUAGGCGACUACUCUACUACGUCCCUUUCACUGUUCUCUUUCGCACUACAAUUCCUUUAUUUUCUCUCGUUGGGAAUAUUUUCUCGGAAAACAAACACAUACAUACAUAUAUAAUACACAUGUACUUACUUAUCAAUUACCAUUCUCUCAUCCAAGGAAUUCCCAUAUUGAUUAGGUGAAAUUUCGUUGUCUUAUUUUAUCUUUCUCAUCAGCGACAGAGUUCGUCAUAAAAAUAAUUGAUGGGAAAUUCGACUUGGCUGGAAGAAGGAAAGUGGAGGAUGCACUCAUGACAUUGACUAGUCCUUCCAGUGAAGGGUUGAUGCAGCCAUGGACGAUUUGCCUGGAUCAUUUGGCACCAGUGCCAGCUUAGCUUUGCGCUUGGGACAGACCAUAUUUUCUUUUGCUUCUCUUCUCUUUAUGUGCUUCGAAGUACAGUUCUACAGCUACACGGCUUUCUGCUACUUGGUGACAGUCAUGGGCUUAGUAGUUCCUUGGAGCAUGACAUUGGUAGUGGUGGAUGCGUACUCUGUCUUUGUUAAGUGCUUACCUCGUCAACCAAGAACCAUAUUGAUAGUCAUUUUAGGAGAUUGGGCUUUGUCACUUCUCUUACUAUCUGCAGCCUGCUCAACUGCUAGUGUCGCGGAUAUAUUGAUUGAUAUUGGUUUCUGCUCUGUAAAGUUAUGUAGUAGAUUUCAAUUAUCUGCAGCUAUGGCAUUCUUGUCCUGGUUUCUUUCUCUUGGUUCUUUCUUGUUCAAUCUCUGGCUUCUACCUUCCUUAUGAUAAGCCAAUGGUAAUGUUAAAAGGCAUAACAAACAAAACUAAUCAUCUAAGAUGAAGAAGGCUGCUGCUUAAGAUUGCAGGAGUACUUUCCAUACCUAUUCUUCCAUUUAUAUUUUCUAAUCACAGAAAAAAGAGAAUAAGUUUUCUCAUCCCGGUUGUAAAUUCAAAGCUUCAGACCCAACUGGGACGGUCUUCAAUGAAGCUGUGACUACAUUGGCAUUAAUAUCAUGAACAUCAGGCUAGAUUCUGUUUGGGACGAAAGUGCUAUCUUUGCUGCCUUGGCUGCAGUACAGUACAGGAAUUCACAUCAGUCUUUUUCUUUACAUACAUUGUUUGUCUUUGAGUUAGUAAACAAUGAACACAAAACAAAACAAAUUGUAAGUAAGUGAGUUGUGUGUUCAGCCAAAAAUAAAAAGAGAUGUAUUAUCUUGCUCAUAUAAUCACUCAAGUAAUCUUUGUUGACUGUUGGUUAAAUGCAAAUUUUUGAAGUGAAA